AUGGAGUCUCCCCCAUUCCCAAAGGUUAAGCUACCAACGAUAGAACGUUUUGACGAAACUACGGAUCCAGAUGAUCAUCUAUCAGCAUACAAGCAUAAGAUGUAUGUUCAAGCAGUUGAUGAUGCUACCCGGUGCAAGAAUUUCCCAGCCACUCUGAAGGGAGUAGCUCAAAAGUGGUUCAAUAAUCUUCCCCCUGACUCAGUGAAUAAUUUUACUGAGCUUAGUAUCUUGUUUACUAGCCACUUUGUAGCUAAUCGGCAGAAACAGAAGACCAUCAUGCAUUUGGAUAAGAUCAUCCAAGGACCCAAAGAAGCUCUAAGAAGUUUUGUGAAGAGAUUCAACCUAGAAGCAUUGCAGAUCCAGUAUCUGAAUGCAGGGGUGGCCUUUGACGCCUUCAUCAGGGGUCUAAGGCCAGAAAGCUUUAAGUUUGAGUUGGUGAAGAAGAAGAUUUCCACUCUGACCGAAGCCCUUCGGGAGGUAGAGGCAUUCAUCCAUGCUACGGAAGUUUGUGCGGAAGCUAAGCAUCCGGAGGCAAAAAAGAUUAAAGAAACAAUUCAGCCAAAGAAGAGCAUCCCCAAGAAAGCUGAAACUUGGGCGGUGACUUCGAUGACAACCUCAUCUAAGAGGAGCAAAAGAGCUGAACCAGCAACAUCGGAUGAGCCGAUAGAAUUCAGCAAAGAUCAAUACUCCAUUCUUUUGAAGAUAAAAGAUCAGUAUGAACUGAAGGCGCCAGCCGAGAAGACUCCCUAUAAAAAUAAGGAUAAAAGAAAAUAUUGUCAUUUUCAUAAGGAUUGUGGCCACGAAACAAAUGAAUGCAAGCAUUUGAAAAGAGGUUUGGAAGAUUUAGCUCACAAGGGUAAGAUGAAUUCCUAUCUACCUCAAGCGGGUAGAAAAUUUCAGAAGAGAGAUAACCGUCAAGGUCGGAGAAAGGAGGACGAGAGCACUGACGAAGAUGUAGUGCUUGUGAUAUCUGGAGGUUUAGCAGCAGGAGGUCCCACCAACCGCGACCAUAAAAAUUACUUACGGGAACUUGCCAGAUAA